GUGUAAGAUACUGGGAUGGACUGGGAGGGGCUCGAUGCCAUCAUCUUCCUCAUCGGCAUCAUCGCGGCCAACGUGCCCAAGGGGCUGCUGGCCACCGUCACGGUGUGCCUGACCCUCACUGCCAAGCGCAUGGCCCGCAAGAACUGCCUGGUGAAGAACCUGGAGGCGGUGGAGACGCUGGGCUCCACCUCCACCAUCUGCUCGGACAAGACGGGCACGCUGACGCAGAACCGCAUGACCGUGGCGCACAUGUGGUUCGACAACCAGAUCCACGAGGCCGACACCACUGAGGACCAGUCGGGUGCCACCUUCGACAAGCGCUCUCCCACGUGGGCGGCGCUGGCGCGCAUCGCGGGGCUCUGCAACCGCGCCGUGUUCAAGCCGGGCCAGGAGAACGUCUCCAUCUCCAAGCGGGACACGGCCGGGGACGCCUCGGAGUCGGCGCUGCUCAAGUGCUAAAAGACGGGAAGGCACUGGGGAGCACUGCUGAGGGGCUCCACCAUCAUCCUCCUCAUGCACAUCAUGGUGGCCAACGUGUGCCUGACCCUCACUGCCAAGCGCAUGGCCCGCAAGAACUGCCUGGUGAAGAACCUGGAGGCCGUGGAGACGCUGGGCUCCACCUCCACCAUCUGCUCGGACAAGACGGGCACGCUGACCCAGAACCGCAUGACCGUGGCCCACAUGUGGUUCGACAACCAGAUCCACGAGGCCGACACCACUGAGGACCAGUCGGGACGCCGGGGUGGCUCUGGUGACCCCGGGCUGCCUGUGGGUGACCCCACGCUGACCUUGCCAUGUCCCCCCGCUGUCCCCUGUCCGUCCCGUGUCCAGCUGUCCAUCCACGAGCGCGAGGAGGACCCCCAGGGCUACCUGCUGGUGAUGAAGGGAGCCCCCGAGCGCAUCCUGGACCGCUGCUCCCGCAUCCUCCUGCAGGGCCAGGAGCAGCCCCUGGACCAGGAGAUGCGCGAGGCCUUCCAGAACGCCUACCUGGAGCUGGGGGGGCUCGGGGAGAGGGUCCUGGGGUUCUGUCACCUGGACAGGGGUGAGCUCCAGUGUCCCCAACGUCCCCGACGUCCCCAGGGCGCCAUCGUGGCGGUGACGGGUGACGGCGUGAACGACUCGCCGGCGCUGAAGAAGGCGGACAUCGGGAUCGCCAUGGGCAUCGCGGGCUCCGACGUGUCCAAGCAGGCGGCCGACAUGAUCCUGCUGGACGACAACUUCGCCUCCAUCGUCACCGGCGUCGAGGAAGGUCGGGGACGGCCACCGGGGUUUGGGGACAUCGGGGACAUGGGGGGCAUUGGGGGGAUUGGGGGCAGCGGAGUCAUUGGGGAAUUUGGGGAUAUUGGGGACGGCGCCAUCGUGGCGGUGACGGGUGACGGCGUGAACGACUCGCCGGCGCUGAACAUCCCAAAUCCUCCCAGGGUGACACCGCUGUCCCCUCAGGUCCCCGCCAUCUCCCUGGCCUACGAGGCGGCCGAGAGCGACAUCAUGAAACGGCAACCGCGGAACCCGCGCAGCGACAAGCUGGUCAACGAGCGGCUCAUCAGCAUGGCCUACGGCCAGAUCGGGAUGAUCCAGGCUCUGGGCGGGUUCUUCACCUACUUCGUGAUCCUGGCGGAGAACGGGUUCCUGCCGGGGACGCUGCUCGGGAUCCGCCUGGCCUGGGACGACCGCUCCAAGAACGACCUGGAGGAUUCCUACGGACAGGAGUGGACGUACGAGCAGCGCAAGGUGGUGGAGUUCACGUGCCACACGGCGUUCUUCGCCAGCAUCGUCGUGGUGCAGUGGGCGGAUCUCAUCAUCUGCAAGACGCGCCGCAACUCCGUCUUCCAGCAGGGCAUGAAGAACAAGAUCCUGAUUUUCGGGCUGCUGGAGGAGACGGCGCUGGCGGCGUUCCUGUCCUACUGCCCGGGCAUGGGGGUGGCUCUGCGCAUGUACCCCCUCAAGGUCACCUGGUGGUUCUGUGCCUUCCCCUAUUCCCUGCUGAUCUUCGCCUACGACGAGGUGAGGAAGCUGAUCCUGAGGCGCUACCCCGGAGGCUGGGUGGAGAAGGAAACCUAUUACUGAUCCCCUCCCCCUCUUUUGGGACCCCCCGAGCCCCCCCCGCACCCCAA